UUGCAAAUCAAUCAUUUUAUAUAAUGAGUUUCAACUACCCUUUAAACAAUUAAACUCAGUAUUUUUCAAGCUCCUUUAAAUCACAUAUAGCCAUAUAGUAGUUGGUUCAGUUCGAGUCCAUGUUUUUUUCUGAGUGAAGACUAAAUCUUCAGUGUUCAUUUGUAUUUGAAUACAAAGGUCAAUGGCAAAAACAAUGGAUGAAACAUACACAAUAUACAAAGAUGAGAAUCAACCCAUUGAAGAUCGAGUUGAAGAUCUUCUUAAAAGAAUGACUUUGGAAGAAAAGAUUGGUCAGAUGACUCAAAUAGAUCUCUCUGUUGCUUCUUUUGAUGCCAUCAAGACUUACUCAAUAGGAAGUGUGUUGAGUGGGGGAGACAGUGCACCUUUAAAGAGAGCUACAGCUGAAGAUUGGAUAAACACAGUCAAUGGAUUACAAAAAGGAGCUUUGGCUACUCGUUUGGGUAUACCAAUUAUAUAUGGAAUUGAUGCAGUUCAUGGCAAUGCCAUUGUGUAUAAUGCCACAGUAUUCCCUCAUAACAUUGGUCUUGGUGCUGCUAGAGAUCCAGAACUUAUUAGGAGGAUUGGUGUUGCUACUGCCCUGGAAGUCAGAGCUACAGGGAUUACAUACGCCUUUGCUCCUUGUAUUGCUGUCUCUAGAGAUCCAAGAUGGGGACGUUGCUAUGAGAGUUAUAGUGAAGAUCCCAAGAUAGUGCAGGAGAUGACUGAGAUAAUCUAUGGUUUACAGGGAGAAAGCCCUGAAGGAUCUCAAAAUGGCAUUCCUUAUGUUGGAGGAAGGGACAAAGUUGCAGCUUGUGCUAAGCAUUAUGUUGGUGACGGAGGGACAACUGAAGGUAUUGAAGCAAGUAACACAGUUGUUGACAAUGCUGGAUUGUAUGAAAUUCACAUGCCUGCCUAUCUUGACUCCAUUAGAAAAGGGGUAUCCACGAUUAUGGUCGCCUAUUCUAGCUUGAAUGGAGAAAAGAUGCAUGGACAUGGUAAAUUACUCACUGAUUAUCUCAAGAACACUCUCCAAUUCAAGGGGAUUGUAAUCUCUGACUGGGAGGCACUUGAUAGGAUGACUAUUCCCCCUCGCGCUGACUAUACAAACUCCGUCUUGGCAGGAGUUCAAGCUGGAUUAGACAUGAUUAUGGUCCCUUUCAAGUUUAUUGAAUUCAUUGACACUCUAACCGACCUGGUUAAGAAAAACUAUAUUCAUAUGGAGCGUAUUGAUGAUGCUGUCAAGAGAAUUUUGCGAGUCAAGUUCAUAAUGGGUCUCUUUGAAAACCCUAUGGCCGAUUUUAGCCUGGUUAAUGAGCUUGGAAGCCAGGCUCACAGAGACUUGGCGAGAGAGGCGGUAAGAAAAUCUCUUGUACUGCUGAAGAAUGGUAAAGAAGGAGAUAGUCCAUUACUGCCCAUCCCUAAAGGAGCAUCAAAAAUACUAGUAGCUGGUACCCAUGCUCACAAUUUAGGUUAUCAGUGUGGUGGAUGGACAGUUAGUUGGCAGGGAUUAACGGGUAAUGACGGCACAAGAGGAACAACAAUCCUGGAUGCUAUAAAAUCUAGUGUCCACCCGAGUACAGAAGUUGUAUACAAAGAGGACCCAGACAAAGAAUUCGUCAAGUCCAAUAACUUCACUCAUGCCAUCAUCGUGGUAGGUGAGCUCCCUUAUGCAGAGUUCGAUGGAGAUAGCCAGACUCUCACGAUGAUCGAACCAGGCCCCACUGUGAUCAACAAUAUAUGUGGAACUGUCAAGUGUGUGGUUGUUGUCGUCUCUGGCCGUCCUCUAGUGAUCGAGCCCUACAUUGCCUCAAUCGAUGCCUUAGUCGCAGCAUGGUUGCCUGGUUCAGAAGGUCAAGGAGUUGCUGAUCUGCUGUUUGGUGACUAUGAGUUUACUGGAAAGCUACCAAGGACAUGGUUCAGAGAUGUUGAUCAGCUUCCCAUGAAUGUUGGAGAUCCACACUAUGAUCCUCUUUUCCCCUUUGGAUAUGGUCUGACAACUGACAAAAUAAUUUUAUCAGAAAAUGAGUGAAGGAUUGAAGAUAAAUGAUAAGAAUCAAGAAUUCUUGGCAGAAAGUGUACCAAUAAUCAAUCUCUAUGAAGGAGAUAGGAGAAAUACUAUUCAGAGCAGCUUGUGCAGCAAGAUGGUAUUUGUACACUUUGAUUUGUAUAGAGCUGGCAGAUAGGUCGUGUCGUGUCAAUUUCACAUUCAUGUCAAAAAAGGUUGUAAAUCAGUUGAGUGUUGAGACUAAUCUGGUACUAACCUGCCUUAUUCAAUCAAACAGGUUAACUGUUUGACCUUGCUUAAGGGCCUAAGAUCAUGUAAUCUUCAAAUGUUCUAGUAGUUACUGUAUUACAAUGAUGCAA